UACCCUUUACGGCUGUAUGGAAUAUGGAUCCCCUCAUGCGCUGCUCUCUCUGUACCGCACAUAAAUUUAAAUCUGUAUCCAUCCCUACCCAUUUCUCAAAUCUUUCUCUUCUCCCUCUCUCUUCACUUCAUUCCUUCAUUCACCAUUCACCAAAACUAAUAGUGUUAUAGUACUAGUGCACCACUGAACAGAGUGUGUGUCGAACGAAAAUGACGCUCAGCUUAUUAGCGGGUGUGGUGUGUAUAUCUCUGAUUGCCAUCGCUGUCGCUGAAGAUCCCUACAGGUUCUUCAACUGGAAUGUUACAUACGGCGACAUUUACCCACUUGGCGUUCGCCAACAGGGAAUACUUAUCAAUGGUCAGUUCCCAGGUCCAGACAUUCAUUCUGUUACCAACGACAACCUCAUCAUCAAUGUCUUCAACAGCUUGGACCAGCCUUUUCUCCUUUCCUGGAACGGGGUCCAGCAGAGAAGGAACUCAUACGAAGAUGGGGUUUUCGGGACAACAUGCCCCAUCCCACCAGGGAAGAACUUCACUUACAUACUUCAAGUGAAGGAUCAAAUUGGAAGCUUCUACUACUUCCCAUCCCUUGCAUUCCACAAAGCCGCAGGUGGUUUUGGCGGCAUUAGGAUCCUGAGUAGACCAAGAAUUCCAGUCCCCUUCGAUGAUCCUGCCGGUGAUUACACCGUCCUCAUUGGAGAUUGGUACAAGUCCAAUCACACGGAUUUGAAGGCCCAACUUGAUAAUGGUAAGAUGCUGCCAUUCCCCGAUGGAAUCCUGAUCAAUGGUCGUGGCCCUAACGGUGCAUCUUUCAAUGUGGAACAAGGAAAGACUUACCGGCUUAGAAUAUCAAAUGUGGGGUUGCAACAUUCUCUUAACUUUCGCAUACAGAACCACAAGUUAAAGCUGGUGGAAGUGGAAGGAACACACACACUGCAAACUACUUACUCAUCCCUAGACGUCCACGUGGGCCAAUCUUACUCCGUUCUAGUAACUGCGGAUCAACCUGCUCAUGACUAUUCCAUUGUGGUCAAUACUCGAUUUACCUCCACGGUUCUCACCACCACUGGAGUUCUUCGAUAUAGCAUCUCUGCAGGCCCAGCAUCAGGCCCACUCCCUGGUGGACCCACCAUCCAAGUUGACUGGUCCUUGAACCAGGCGCGCUCCAUCAGGACGAACCUGACAGCAAGUGGACCGAGACCCAACCCGCAAGGGUCGUACCAUUAUGGUAUGAUAAACACAACGAGGACUAUCGUGCUGUCGAGUUCAGCUGGUCCAGUGAAUGGGAAGCAAAGAUACGCAAUUAACAGCGUGUCUUAUGUUGAUCCAGACACUCCUCUUAAGGUCGCCGACUUCUUCAAAAUCUCGGGUGUUUACCGUGUCGGAAGCAUUUCUGACAGACCCACUGGCGGAGGCAUAUACCUUGACACAUCUGUAUUGCAAACUGACUACAGAACUUUUGUGGAGGUUGUCUUCCAAAACGACGAAGACAUCAUUCAGAGCUAUCAUUUUGAUGGCUACUCUUUCUUUGUGGUUGGUAUGGAUGGAGGAGAGUGGACAGCAGCUAGCAGGAACCAAUACAAUCUUCGAGACGCAGUUUCGCGUUGCACCACUCAGGUGUAUCCCAAGUCAUGGACUGCUAUAUAUGUUGCUCUUGACAACGUGGGAAUGUGGAACUUGAGGUCUGAAUUUUGGGCACGGCAAUACCUUGGUCAACAGUGUUAUAUUCGCGUUUUUACAACGUCAACCUCACUCAGAGAUGAAUAUCCUAUUCCUAAGAAUGCACUACUUUGUGGUAGGGCAAGUGGGAGGCACACUCGACCCCUUUGAGCUCGCAAGCGCCUCAAGGAUCUCACAGUUCGGUACAUGGAAGCUAUUCUAGCCUUAUAUAUGAAAAGCAGUUAACUUAUCUGCUUCUGAUUUUGAAUUUUAUUUUAUUGUUUCGGUAAUUUGUGCUAUGCUCCGAUGAUUUUAUGGACAUGUAUGAUUUAAAUUAUAAAUGACCCCAGCUCGAGGUCACAUUCUUUCCCAGAAAAACAAACAAUAUUCUA